AUGCUAUGUAGUGGCCUUUCUGAUUCUUAUAUAUUCUUUAAUAUUACUCCUUUCUCAAGUACAUUUAUAUGUGGUUCCCAGAAUUCCGGAAAGAGCCAUAUAUUAUCCUGUAUAUUAGAAAACUGCUUGAUUCUAUCCAAAGCUGGACAGUUGCUAAAUCCCCUAACAGAGAUUAUAUUUUAUUAUGAUACUUUUAUUAGUAAUAUAAUAGGAUCAUUUUAUGAAGCAGCCUUUUUAUUCUUAUAUUCUGAUAUUAAAAGAGUUUAUUUGAAAUUAAAUAUUAUAGAUAAUGGCCCCAUACCGCUCUACAUGCACACUGUUAAAUGUAUUCUCCGGGAAAUGCGUAUGGAGCAGCAGGCAGCGCAUACAGGAUUUGAUUACUGUAUCUUUAAGAAUAAAGUACUAAACUCGAAUUUGACCCCUAUACUAGAAAGUUUUAUGCCUCAGUUGCAGACUCUACCUAUUUCUGGCAAGAACAAAGCUGCUUCCGAAGGCAUUAACUAG